AUCCCCAAUUCGUCGCCCUCAAAUUCAUUUCGUUUCUGGGUAACCCGAAGCUCGCCCCUUCUCUCUCUUCCCCUCUCUCUCUCUCCGCGGCCCUCCCCCUCCCAAUGUUUUCUCCAGCUUCUUGAUUUCUUGAUAGAGAAAGAGUCCAAUCCUUCAGAUCUGAAAUCGGAUUCUUUCUUUCUGAAUCUCUAGCUUUUUCUGCAGAAAUCGAUGUCUUCAACCUACUGGUGCUACAGAUGCAACCGCUUCGUGAGGGUUUGGACCCAAGAUUCCGUCAAUUGCCCCGAUUGCAGCAGUGGAUUCAUUGAGGAAAUCGAGACUCCCAAUAGAUCUUCGCUCUCCGACUCGCGAAGGCGCCGUUUCCCCGCUGCCGCCAUGUAUAUGAUGCGAACGCCUGAUUCGGGGCCUGGGUCGGGGUCGGGCGCGGCCACGGGCUCGAGCCCGAGGCUGAGGAGGAGCCGCAGGAAUGGGGGCGAUCGGUCGCCGUUUAAUCCGGUUAUUGUUCUUCGCGGACCGAAUGAGGGUGGCGGAGGAGCUGCCGCCGGAGGAGGAGCUGCUGCCGGAGCAGGGUUUGAAUUGUUCUACGACGACGGAGCAGGAUCGGGUUUAAGACCGUUGCCAGCUAGUAUGUCGGAGUUCUUGCUGGGUUCUGGUUUCGAUAGGUUGCUGGAUCAAUUGGCUCAAAUUGAGACGAAUGGAAUUGGGAGAAUCGACAGCAAUCCGCCUGCAUCGAAGGCAGCCAUCGAGUCUAUGCCAACGAUCGAUAUUUCCGAUGAUCAUGUAGCUAUCGAGUCGUAUUGCGCGGUCUGUAAAGAGGCUUUCGAGGUGGGGGGUGAGGCUCGUGAGAUGCCCUGCAAGCAUUUGUAUCACCAGGAUUGUAUUCUGCCGUGGCUGUCGCUGAGAAAUUCGUGCCCCGUGUGUAGACAUGAACUGCCGACUGACAAUGAAAAUGUUAGCGUUGGUCACGAUGUCAAUGAAGGGAGUCGGGCGAAUGAGGUCGGGAACGAUGAUGAGACGGUUGGUUUGACGAUAUGGAGAUUGCCCGGUGGCGGAUUUGCUGUGGGGAGGUUUUCCGGUGGGAGGAGAGGCGGGGAGAGGGAGCUGCCGGUGGUUUACACGGAGAUGGACGGCGCCUUCAAUAACAAUGGGGCGCCGAGGAGGAUUUCGUGGGGUUCUAGAGGUAGCAUAUCGAGGGAGAGGGGUGGAGUGAGGAGAGUCUUCAAUCGUUUGUUUGCUUGCUUUGGGAGAGGUGGAUCAUCGACUUCUACCUCUAGCUCCGACUCUAGGAUGAGUAGGAGGAGCGGCACUGGCUCGUUGUCAUCAGUUAUUAGCUCUACAUCACUGCAGCGAAGAGGAUGGGGUUUUGAAGUGAAUGAUGGGAGUGAAAGGAGAUGGUGAGCUUUGGAUGGAUUGGAGAUGGUGAUUUUUCAUGUGGUGCUCCAAUUUUUGAAUUCGAAUGUGGCUGUCGUGGUGAAGGAUGGUGGAAAGGUAAUAAACUCUCCAUGAUCCAAAGGCCUCUCGCGAUAUCGAAUUGGCUUUGUGGGAAAUGGGGAGAGGAGUAUCCAUUCAAUGUAUCAAAUUGCUUUCUUAAAUUCAAGAGUCCCUUUUAUUUUGCCCUCCUCUGUAGCAUUUGCACAAUAUGUAGUUACCUUGGUAAUGCUAUUUUAUUUGAGAUUUUGUAAUUUAAAUAUCUUAGUGCGCGUAUAAAGCUCAAUGAAAGUGGAUCCUUUUUUUGUGAA